AUGUUUGACUCUCCUCCAUUUCGGCUGUUCUCGCCUCUCGCACACACUAUGGCGUCAGCGCACGCUCAACACAGCGCCGCAAUCUUUUUACCUGCGAUUACUCGCGAUCACACAAGUUCGAGUUUACUUGAUACUUCUAAACUAACCACAAUCAGAUUAAAAUUGAAAGUUUCUUUUAAAAGAAUUCGACAGUUUUGGCAAACAAAUAGCAAUCACGGCGACGAGUUGUUAUCAUCUGAUUUGCUUAAAAGUAAAUUACAGUCGAUUAAUUUUCAAAAUAACGUAUCAAUUCAUAACGGCAGAGGAAAACGUCUCUUUCCGUUGUUCACUUUGGUAAAAUUUGAAAAUAACGUUUGUGUCGGAUUAAAUGGCGAAAAUGGUACCUGUAUAGCAGCGACGGAAUGUUCGCAACGCAGUGGCAUAUCUAGCGGGGUUUGUGCAAGUGGUUAUGGAGUAUGCUGCAUUGUGACUGUAUCUUGUGGCGAGACGACCAGCAAUAAUAAUUCUUAUUUCGUUAAUCCGAAUUAUCCAUCGACGUUCGAUGGUACCUUAUCUUGCCAGUUAACGCUCGCUAAAUCACAUCCAAACGUAUGUCAAUUUAGAUUGGAUUUCAUACAAUUUAAUAUAAGAGGCCCGGAGACAACUAAUCAUCAGUGUGUUUACGAUCAAUUUAUCGUUUCUGGGGGGAAUCCAGUACCAACAAUAUGUGGAAAUAACGCUGAGAAUCAUAUAUAUAUCGAUGCCGGUCUUGGACAAACAAACCCAGUUACAUUGACUUUUGUUACAAGUGGACAUUCUUUUGCUCGAUCUUGGAAAGUACGAGUUUCUCAAAUCCGUUGUGAUUCUAUAUACAGGUCUGAGGAAGGAUGCUUGCUAUAUUUUACAGGAAUAUCUGGACAAGUAAAAUCAUUUAAUUACGAUUCGAUCACUGGAUUGCAAUUGUCCAACCAAGAUUACAGUAUCUGCAUUCGAAUGGAAAGAAACUUUUGUGGUAUACAGUACAUGGCAUGUCCGGUUGACGAUAAGGAAGGAACGAUGUCAAGCGAUAGUACCUCUAUGGCACAAAUGAUACGCAGUAAUGCAUUCACGUUAACGGGAAAUACGCAAGCAAUGCAGAUAGCAUCGAUGGUAGGAACAAGUUGUCAAACUGACUGGUUAAUGAUCCCGUGUGCGUUCAAUACAGGUAGGUUACCAACUACUGUAACGACAUGUACCGAUCGGAUAUGCGGUGGAACAUUCAACGCGGAAAAUCAGAAUUUGAACGCGUCGUCCAUUGUUAGUACCGUGAAACCAUUCAGAUUAAUCUUUCACACGGAUAGCGUUGAAGCGCCAAAUGAUGUUGGGAACAAGGGGUUUUGUUUGAACUACAUACAGCAGCCUUGCACGACAAAAUUAAGAUGACUGGAUUUUUAUAUUAUAGCGAUUACAACACAAAAUUGGGUAAUUUAAAGGAAGGAAGUAGUAAGAAUAAUGAAAUGCAGAAUAUCUGAACUUUUAUUCGCACACAUUAAAAUCGAAAAUAAAAUGAUUGAUGUACCAUGUAUACAGGAUAUCGUCCGCUUUAUCGUUCUGUUCAACGAGUUUUGCUUAGGAAACAUAUUCCUAGAAGCUGAAAUUAUAUUUUCAUUGGUAUUACAUAGCAUAUAGCGAAGCGGAGCAAGGUUAUUUGAAACAGAUAUAUUCGUUCGAAUGAACAACGAAACGAAGAACGAACGAAUAAAGCAUAUUAAAUUCAAUAUUAGACGGUAAUAUACAAUAACAUAAUAUUACAAUUAGAGAUAGAAACUUGUACGUAACACAGAGGUAGGUAUGGCUUCAAUUUUUAGUAAACUCUAAAUUUCAUUUAAUCGUGUUAUAUAUUGUAACAGGUUAUUCAAAGAAACGACGAUAUCGAACAAGUUUCAAUUAAUAAUUAUUCGAUCCUAUUCUUUAUAGAUCUUUUUGUUUAACGUUCC